GUCGCCGGCUGAGCCUCACACUUUCUCCCGAUUUCUUAACUUUCGGGUCGGGGGAGCGGGGAGAGAGCGGCGGUGCCGGGGCGGAGAAAGGGUGCGGGCUUGCAGCGGCUGCUUGCUCGCGGAAUUCCCGCCCGCGCCGAGCGGCCGGCCUCUCGGGCCAAGUGGGGAGCGGGCGGCGGGCGGGCAGGUGGCCCCGGGCCGCCGCGCCCGCGCCUUGUCUCUGCCCCCGGGAGCCGAGCGAGCCGCUGUUCCCUCGUGGUGUGAGGGCGGUGAUGUUUUUCCUCCCACCCACUUUUGAGUCCCCCCUCCCCCCUCGCGCGCACUCCAGCUCUCGCCACAACCUGCGAGUCCUCGUCCUCGGAGGAGCGCCCCGGGGAGCUCGGAGCGCUUGCACGCGUGGAAGACGGAGGAGGCCGGUGGCCAGCUUGAGUACCCAGGGCCCCGAAAGUUUCAAGUUGCCUUUUGCAGUGGCCAGAAUGAGAAAAAAGUGGAAGAUGGGAGGCAUGAGAUACAUCUUCUCCUUGUUGCUGUUCUUUCUUUUCCUAGAAGGAAGCAAAGCAGAGCAAGUAAAACAUUCAGAGACAUAUUGUGUGUUUCAAGACAAGAAGUACAGAGUGGGUGAGAGAUGGCAUCCUUACCUGGAACCUUAUGGGUUGGUUUACUGCGUGAACUGCAUCUGCUCUGAGAACGGCAAUGUGCUUUGCAGCCGAGUCAGAUGUCCAAGCCUUCAUUGCCUCUCUCCCGUGCAUAUUCCUCAUCUUUGCUGCCCGCGCUGCCCAGAAGACUCCUUACCCCCAGCGAACAAUAAGGUGACCAGCAAGUCGUGUGAGUACAACGGGACCACUUACCAACACGGUGAGCUGUUCAUGGCUGAAGGGCUCUUUCAGAACCGGCAACCCAACCAAUGCACACAGUGCAGCUGUUCGGAGGGCAAUGUGUACUGUGGUCUCAAGACUUGCCCCAAGUUAACCUGUGCAUUCCCAGUGUCUGUUCCUGAUUCCUGCUGCCGGGUGUGCAGAGGGGAUGGAGAAUUGUCGUGGGAACAUUCUGAUGGUGAUAUCUUCAGGCAACCUGCCAACAGAGAAGCAAGACAUUCUUACCACCGCUCGCACUAUGACCCCCCACCGAGCCGACAGGCUGGAGGUCUGCCCCGCUUUCCCGGAGCCAGAAGUCACCGGGGAGCGCUCAUGGAUUCGCAGCAAGCGUCAGGAACCAUCGUGCAGAUCGUCAUCAAUAACAAACACAAGCAUGGCCAGGUGUGUGUUUCCAAUGGAAAGACCUAUUCCCACGGCGAGUCCUGGCACCCAAACCUCCGGGCAUUUGGCAUUGUGGAGUGUGUGCUGUGCACCUGUAAUGUCACCAAGCAAGAGUGCAAGAAAAUCCACUGCCCCAGUCGAUACCCCUGCAAGUAUCCUCAAAAAAUAGAUGGAAAGUGCUGCAAGGUGUGUCCAGGUAAAAAGGCAAAAGAAGAACUUCCUGGCCAAAGCUUUGACAGCAAAGGCUACUUUUGUGGAGAAGAAACCAUGCCCGUGUAUGAGUCUGUGUUCAUGGAGGAUGGGGAGACCACCAGAAAAAUAGCACUGGAGACAGAGAGACCGCCUCAGGUAGAGGUCCACGUUUGGACCAUUCGAAAGGGCAUCCUCCAGCACUUCCAUAUUGAGAAGAUCUCCAAGAGGAUGUUUGAGGAGCUCCAUCACUUCAAGCUGGUGACCAGGACAACCCUGAGCCAGUGGAAGAUCUUCACUGAAGGAGAAGCCCAGAUCAGCCAGAUGUGUUCAAGUCGUGUGUGCCGAACGGAGCUUGAAGAUUUGGUCAAAGUUUUGUACCUGGAAAGGUCUGAAAAGGGCCACUGUUAGAUGAGACAGACAGUAUUGGAUAGAGUAAAGCAAGAAAACUCAAGCUGCGGCUGGACUGCAGGCUUACUUUGCUUAAAUCAACAGUGCCCUAAAACCCCAAACUCAAAUGCAGUCAGUUAUUCACGCCAUGCACAGCAUAACUUGCUCCUUUAUUGGAGUGGUGUGUCAGCCCUUAAACGUCUCCUCCAAAGAGACUAGAAGAGUCUUGAAUUCUCUGUGGUAGGAAGAGGGCUAGAACGCCGCCGCAACCCUGCUCUAGUUUCUGGGAGAAUCGCAUUUCACAUUUCUUUACGGGUUAAAGAGUAAACAAGACCCCCGGGUUUCUAUCUAGAAAGUUAUUCCGGUGAAAGAAAGAGAAGGGAAUUGCUUAGUAGGAGUUUUUUAGUACAGAGAAAAUAUUUGUAUGAAAUUCUGCUCUUCAAAUUUUAGAAUGUCUUGUGUUUUAAAAAAAUUAACUCCCCAUCUUCACACACACAGGUACACACACACGCACGCACACACGCACGCACAGUGAACUACAGCCUUCAUUCGGAGGCAAGGCCAGUGUAGACUCUCCCCUUCUUUCCCUUGCCUGGCUCUCAAGUAUCUUGGAGGCGGUUGGUACCCUGGAGGAUGAAUAAGGAAUUGUGAACAGAAGCCUGUGCCCUUGGGUCUGUGGUAUGGUUGUUGAUGGCAUCAACCCUGGGAAAGAGCAGGAACACCAUUUCCCGGCUGCCUUCACUUUGAGGUGGGAAAGAACUUUUCCAUAAUGACACACUUCUCUUUUCUCCCUGAACCUAUGGGGCCUCCAUAAAGAAGUUAGAAUUGGGUAAACUUUUCAGAAACUGAAUCCAUAUAAGACAAAAUAGUUAUUGAAGAGAGGAGUUGAUAGAAGUCAGCAAGGCCAGCUGUAUGUUUUCAAGUCAACAAAACUCACCAAUUAACAGCUCGAUCCUCGCUUAGUCUCUUGAAGUCAUAGUUCUCUAGUCCACAGAUUUCGGUUAGAUGAUAAAAUUCUAGAAGCUUCUUAAGAGGGUGGUUUCCCUUCUUCUCCAUUUAUGGGAGUUGGUUUUUACUUGGCAAAGGGGUUCUGUCCUUAGGAGCUUCAGUUAGGAGAAUUAUUGCUUAUUUGGGGAAAUGGGGAUGCUGAUAAUGAUCUAAACCUUCCUACCAUUCUCCUCUCAUGCACCAACCAUGGAUCUGAGUCGUGGAUCCCAGAGAAGGCUGCUCCGAAAAUGUCUCUUUGCAGCCUAAUACCAGAGCCCAGAUGAUCCAUUCUGAGGCCUGGCUCUAGAAUCAUCUUUGUGGGAAAACUAUACAUUCUCCACAGCAGGGAUCUCAAGCCUGCCUUCUAGAUUUAUCUCCUCUGAAGGGGCAUGGAUGAACUCUAGUGAGUACUUAAAUAUUAAGGACCGAGAAGGCCCAUGUUUCCUACUUUGUGACCAUAGGUAAGAGGAACAUUUUUUUCCUUAUUUGACACCAAUAGGGAAAAAUGUAAAAGGUCCAGUCUUUAUGGCAAGCUGGCAUAAAGGAGUCUAUUCUCAUAAAAGAGACGCAGGGGCCUGGUGGUCAGGCCUUCAGGGGACGAGCCUCUUAGACACAUUCUCCUGGGGCGGGGGUGGGGGGGGAGGGAAGGAAGGAGGACAUCCAGGGCUGAAAGGCCACAGAGCAUUAUUGGUGGAGGAGGGGGUUGGGGGCGUGAUUAAGUAGCUGAGGCCUCCCUCCCAGGGGUGGCAAUAUCCCCGUAGUGUGGAAACGAGUCACCGGAUCCUGAAGCAAAGCAGUGAUUUCCCCUUGCGGAUGACUCACCGCAAAGCCUUCCCACCCAGGUGUUCUCUGAAAGCUCAACCUUAAGGGAACACCCAGGGAGCUUCCCUAGAUAGACUCCUUCCUUCCCCCAGGCCCUGGGACACACCUUUGCCAAGCUGUGUGAAGCAGGAGCUGGGGCGCUGUGUGAGGCCAACGUAGAAUCCCUCCAGUGUUCAGUGUUGCGUACAGAGUAGGACCGAGAGAGAAGAGGCCCAGCCGCCUGCAGUUAGUAGAGAGGAAUGGAUGUGGUUCUUGUGUAUUUAUUUAUACCAUAAACACUCGGAACAACAACGCCCAUAAGCACCAUUUAGCAGUUAUAGCCAUUUUCUAGUUAACUCAUGUAAACAAGAGUAACAUACCAGUAUUACCCUUUCACUCUUCUCACAGGACAUGUACCUAAAUAUGGUACUUAUUUAUGUAGUCACUGUAUUUCUGGAUUUUUAAAUUAAUAAAGAACUUAAUUUG